UCUUUAGGCUGCUGGUCACAAGCAAUUGAUGUCUUUUCCCCCUCGAUUAUCAUGAGAAGGCAGGAGCUGGGGGCCUUUGGGGGUGUUUAUGGAGGAAAGCUGGCAGUUUCCCCGCAGGGGGAGUUUGACCAAGCAGCAUUCUAGUUCACAUUGAGACAGCCACUGAAAGAAAGAAGGAAGCAAAGAGAACGGAGGGAGAGGAACAAUCCUGGUAAGCAACGUUCAUAAACUCUGGAUGGAUUGGAAUGGGGAGACUCGCCUGCUUCAUGAGGCCGGGACGCUCGACAAAUGCUGGUUUCAUCAUUAAAGCGCUCUUCCUUCUCCUGCUCUGUAGACAUGCAUAUUCCCACUGCAAGAUCUUGCGCUGCAACUCCGAGUACGUGGCCUCCACGCUCAACUUGCGUGGCCCCAACAAGCACGCCAGCUACUGCAACACCCUGCGCUCCUACUCCCGCUGCACACGCAGGACGGCCCGCACCUGCCGCGGGGACCUCGCCUACCACUCUGCCGUCCACGGCAUCGAGGACCUCAUGAUCCAGAACAAGUGCUCCAAGGAGGGGCCCGCUUUGCCGCGGCGGCCCCCCGCGCCAUCCCCUGGCCACCAGGGUUUGGAACCCCCAGAGAUCUGUGAUUACGAGAAGAGCUUUUCCCGGAAACACAACAGACCCCCCACAUACCAGCACUGCGCCACGUUCGGGGACCCCCACGUACGGACCUUCAGCGACGAGUUCCACACGUGCAGAGUGGAAGGUUCCUGGCCGCUCCUGGACAACAACUAUUUGUUUGUUCAAGCGACAAGCUACCCUGUCUUGAAAGGAUCAAACGCAACUGCUACUAGCAAGCUCACCAUCAUAUUCAAGAACAUGAAGGAGUGCAUAGACCAGAAAGUCUACCAGGCAGAGAUUGACAACCUGCCGGCAGCUUUCGAGGACGGAUCCACGAACGGGGGCGAGAAACCCGGAGGGAAAAGCUUGAGCAUCCACGAGCGCAUGCCCGGGCAGCACGUGGAGAUCCUCGCCACGUACAUCGGCACCACCAUUGCUGUGCGCCAGGCAGGGAGGCAGCUCUCUUUCUCCAUCCGGGCGGCCGAGGACGUGGUGCGCUCCUUCACGGAGGAGCAGGACCUCCAGCUGUGUGUGGGAGGCUGCCCGCCCAGCCAGCGCAUUUCCCAGACCGAGUGCUGCUGCAGCAACGGGGCCAUCCCUGCGCAGAAGGCCCAGCUCCUGUGCAAGGAGAAGCUGCCGGUGGAGGACGUCUACUUCCAGUCAUGCGUCUUUGACGUGGUGACAUCGGGAGACAUCAACUUUACGCUGGCUGCACACGCUGCCUUGGAGGACGCCAAAGUCUUCCACCCGGAUGCCAAGAAGCAUCACCUCUUUCAAAGCGAUGCAGCUUGCUUGUCCCAGGGCUCGGCCUUCCUCCUCCUCAUCACGUUGGCCCUUUCAGCAUUGCAACAUGGCACAGGACAAACUGUGAAGCUGUAAGAAUCUGGGAUGGAUGGAGAUUAUGUUCAGAAGCAGGGUACCCUGUCCUUCCAAGCUUUAUUAGGGAGGGUGGAAAUGGACAAAUCUGUUGAUUUUGACCUCUCCCCUCCUCGUUUCUCAAAUCUUAAGUUCAGCAUGUCAAACUUCCACAUCAUUUUUUAUUUAUUUAACAAAUCCUCAUGAAAAUUCGCCAGCACUUUGGUGAGAAUUUCUCCUAAUAUGCACAUUUUUUUGGCAAGCAAUUAAUAGAAAUGCAUUCUUGUACACCAUUUUACCAAAGUAUGCACACUUUUUACCCCAGCAGAUGCAUAUUUGUACACUUCUUCUUUGUUAGACAGCUGCGUCGCAAAAUUGGGAGAAGUAUGGAUUGCAAAUGAUAUCUGUGCUUCAGUUGGUGCAUAAUUGUAGAAAAUGGCGCUGCAAGUGGCGAAUAUAGGGCAGAACAGAGAAUUAUGCCUGCUUACACUCUUAGUGUGUGUGCCCCAUGUUCUGCCUGACACCCUGUUAAGCUCACCUGCUCGUCUCAAGUCCAGAGAAGGACAUGGCGCCAUCGCUAGCAUUGAAGUAAGAGUCAACAGCCAAUCCAACAGCCUUCUCUACAUGAACCAGAAGGGUGGCACCAUCUUGGGUUUUUGUGUGUGUAGGGACUAGACAACCCUUUGCAGGGCCGGCUCUAAGGCAAGGCUGGGUGGCGCAGGGCGCCAGGGCGCCGGGCCGCCAAGGGGGUGCUGCACCUGACAGAC